UGUUAUUUGUUGUGUUUGGGUGUUCAGUGUGAGCUGUUAGCUGAAAGAAUGCUAAUUCCAGUUAAUUUUGGGGAAAUUGCUGCAGAUGUAACCGUUGGGUGUUUGUCAUUGACCACAAAACUAUAUACAUCUUUGACUGUACAUCUGUGGCCCUACCUUUCUCUACCAAUACAAAAGUAUAACCUGAUCACCUGUCUCCUCAUUAUUGGUGCUCUGACCGGCACUCAGAAGGGUUUACUCCUCCAUUACUGUAAUCAAACCUAACAGUCCAAAAGCCUCUCCAACAAAAUUGGUCCUUCGAGCUGGAGUGAGUGUUCCCAUCUGACAUUAUGGACUCUGAUGAGGAGAUUAUUGGAGGAGCUCGCCCUAAGCGCCAUACUCGUCCUCCAGCUUACCUCAAGCAGUAUGAGGUACAAUAUACACGAGGUAGACCUGUCACAGAGCAUGAUAUUGCACGCACCUGGGAGGCACCUGUCCACCGGACUCCUCCCACAUCCUUCCAGCCUUACACCACUCCACCUGGUGGUGACCUGGCAGUUGAUUUCACUACCUCCGCACACGACAGUGAGCUACAGCAUCUUCGCAGUGAGCAUGUACAACUAAUGCAGACACAUCAGGCCUUCCAGGCAGACCUGAGGGAGUUGAGAGAAGUCCGUGCGGAAGUCAGAGAAUUAGUUCAAGUAGCUCAGUCCCUUCGAGCUGACCUCAGUCAAGCCAGAGGCCAGAACCUCUCACCAGCACAGCCAUCAGCGUCACAGUUAUCCAGUCCACCUGUGAAGCAGUAUGAAUCCACAACUGUAGCGGAGGAUGGAAACUUCGCUGAGCUUCCCCCACCGCCAUAGCCUGAACCUGAUGUUGACCUGAGGAUACGGAUGGGCAACCUCACGCUGUCUGACAUGGGCGCUACUACUUACCAGCCUGUGGUGCCAGGGCCUAGAAAAUAUCCUUUUGCUUUCCCAGCUACACAAGCACACCCUCAUCAGCUUUAUGGUCCUGAUGCUUGUGGAUUUCCUCCUCCUCCUACACCUAAAGAGCUUCAGGAGUUGCUAACACCUGCGGCCAUGCCCUUGCCUGCCCACCACAUGACAGUGCCCAUUUCCCCACGAUUCAGUGCGGUGCCAGCUUAUUCAAGUCCUCCAGCCUUAGCACCGAAGACAGAGCCCAAUCUACAACCUGUAGCACCUUAUACUGGGUCUGAAUUCGUGUACAGAGGACCUGCUCCUACGAUCCCUAAGUUCAGUCGUCCUGAUCCGGGUGAGUUCGCUCGACUCCGGAUAGCUUUGGAGAACUUGCUCCCUCCGGACGGGACUGAACUUUUUAAAUACCAGAUCUUAGUGGAUCACCUUAAGCUUGAGGAAGCCAGAAUGAUAGCAGAUGCUUACUUGAACUCACCAACUCCAUUCACUGAUACAAUGGCCGCGCUCCAUGAGAAAUUCGGCCAACCGCAUCAGUUAGCCUUAAGGAGAAUUGCUAUUGUCCUUGAGAGUCCUGACAUAAAACGAGGUGAUAUCUCUGCCUUCCAGAGGUUCGCUCUCCAGGUGCAGUCACUAGUGGGCCUACUGAGAACCCUGGGACGUGAUGGUGAAUUGGAGCUGAGUUGUGGGUCCUAUGUCGCACGACUGCUAAGUAAGCUUCCCCCUGAGCAGCGUGCUGAGUUUCGUCGACAUAUGUUCCGCCAACCUGGUACAGCCCCUAAUCUGGUUGACCUUUCGAACUGGCUCCGUUAUGAAACCUGGUGCCACAGUUAUGAUGCUGAGCCGAUGUCUAAGAUCUCGCACAGUAAGUCAGACUCUGGGAAGAGAACUGUGACCGUCCUGCAUGGUGUUGGAGAAUCCCAGAGUGAAACUUCCAUCCCUCGGAAGGGUCCUGUUUCACAAACCAAGCCGGUUAAAGUGAAACGUUAUUGUCCUUUCUGUGACAAGACCGAGCAUUACCUGAGCCAGUGUGCAUCCUUUGCUAAGCUUACCUCCGAUCAGGUCAGGACAUGGAUUCGUAGCAACAACCGUUGUUGGCGCUGCGCCAGGGCACACCAUGCCGCUCAAUGUGACCUAAAGAAUCCCUGCAACAUCUGUCAAGGCACCCAUCUCCGCCCGCUCCAUGAGGUGAAUGUGAAUCCAUCCCACAAAGAGGAUUCAGCCAAUGUGGAGAAGAGCUGCCUGACAAAUUCCUCUCCCUAUCGUUUCUUCCUUGAUAAACCCUCUGUCGGAGGACGAGUUAUGCUCAAAGUGGUUCCUGUGAAUUUACAUUAUGAAGAUCGCACCCUGGACACCUAUGCUCUUCUUGAUGACGGCUCAGAGAGGACUAUUCUCCUCUCCACUGCAGUUAAGGCCCUGGGCAUUCGGGGUGUCCCUGAAGAUCUUCCUUUGUGGACAGUGAGGGAUGAUAUUCAGGUCCUUCAUGAUUGCUCAAUAUCCUUUCAGAUAUCUCCCCUCUGUAAACCUCAGACCUGUUAUAAAAUCAAUCAUGCCUUUACUGCAGACCGUCUGUACUUGUCACGCCAGUCUUACCCUGUAGAACAACUACAACAGAAGUAUAGACAUUUGCGGGGUCUCCCAAUCCGUACACUUACGGAUAGCCAACCUUUACUUCUCAUUGGUUCUGAUCAGCCCCACCUCAUAACUCCGACAGAGCCUGUUCGAUGGGGCGGCCCGGGCGCGCCAGCCGCAGUUCACACACGCCUAGGAUGGACCCUAUAGGGACCC